AUGUUUUAUCCAUCCGAUCUAUGUCUCCCUUCAUGCCGAUGGUUAUUCUUCUGGUGUGCUCGUCCUGUGGGGUCUUAACAUGGCGACUUUCGACUAACUACUACAACAAUAAUGUUUCCUCGGCUCCGAUGAGGGAGGGGCAAUAACGAUAGCGCCUUCAGCACACUCUAAUGCUUGCAGUCGUCACACCUGGUUAUAAUUGUUAUUGACUCUUAUGGUCUCUAUACUGUCAUGAUUGAUUAUGAAUAAAUCGAAAAUUUCUCCGAAAAAGACUUGCUCAGGAGCUACUUCUAGGAAGUAUUCACAUUAAAGCUACUUCUAAGUGGAAAAAAAUUGCCCGCAUUUUUAGAAAGUCCGGCCUACAUAGCAAAAUGACGAAAAUAAAUAAAGCCAACCUUCUCCUUUGCGAAGAAUAAAAACGUAGCCUCAAAAGCAAAAGAAAUUAGCCGACGAGCGUCCACGGCAACCAACCCACCCUGGCCAAAUCGCCCAUGAAAAGACUACAGCGCGAGAUGCAGCCGGCGAAGGCCAAGCCGGCGCCGGAGCCCAAGAACAAGGGCGCCGCGGCGCCCGCGCGGGCGCUGGCGGCGGAGGCCUUCACGGCGCGCGAGCUCGACGCGGCGGAGCAGCUCAUCCAUCUCAGCGAGAGCAGCGCGUCCUCGGGCACCACGGGCGCGCACCCCGUCGCCUACGCCGCGGCCUCGGGCGGCUCCUCCCCGCGCUCCGUCAACGGCCUGCAGGCGCCGGCGCCGGGCGCGGUUUUCCUUAGCGGUUGCGCGGACCCGGAGGAAGAGGAGGAGCAGGAGGUGGCCGGGAGCCAGCGGAGGGCGAAGCGGUACCGCCUGAUCGCCGAGAUCUACGCCGCGACGGAGGACAUCGGAGGCCGCAGCGGCCGGAAGAACAGAAAGGAUUAGGCGACGAGGUGGAGGGAGGAGAGGGGAGGCGUGGGGGAUCUUCUUGUAAUUAGCGUAAUUGCUGGGGGGUAGCUGGUAGUUCGUGCUCGCAGUCCUCUCCUUCCUCGCCGGAGAGGAAUCGCCAUCGAUCUACUGUAAAUUAAAGCUUCAAUCGAUGCAAUAGGACGUACUAAUUGGUUGGAGUUCCAUCCCUUGUUUGUGUUGAA